AUGGUUACACUGGGAAAAUCGACUAAAACAAUCCACCCUCAAACCCCAAACGACUGGAAAACACCCCAGCACCAGGUGGGGCGUAAGGGGAAAAAAAUUAUACCUAACAAGCCUACCUCGGGGCUGACAAUCGGGGAAAUGUGGAGACAAGCACAGGGCGCCAACAAAACUAACAUGGCAACAUUGCAUGGCAGGUGCUCGGAUUUCUCGGACAAAAUGUCCCACGACACAGAGGAAAUAUACCUACGGGCUCCCAACCCGCCACAGAAGGCUAAACAACGCGGUGCAGAGGUGGAAGCAGAGCCUAUUACCACAACGGUGUUAAAAGCAUUAUUAGCGGACCUGCAGAGAGACAUCCAUGAGGAUGUAGCAGCGCUCCGCGGGGACCUACGAGGCCUGACAAGCCGCAUCACCAAACUGGAGGGAUCCUCCCAAUCUCAGGCCCAGUACAUCGCCGCAAUGCAACAGUCCAUGCAAGACCUGCAAAACCAAACCCAGCACUACGAGCAUCGCCUAGCAGCUCAGGAAGACGCCAUGAGGAGAUCUAACAUAAAGAUCAGGGGAGUCCCGGAAAAUGUACCAGAGGCCGAAUUACCAAAACUCAUAGGGUGCCUGUUGCCGGCAUUGUUGCCACACAGGCAGACUACACCAAUUAUCCCAAACGAGGUAUAUAGGAUUCCCAAACCAGCAGGCGCACCAACUACAGCCACAAGGGACGUCAUCAUCACCCUUCGCAACAGCAGUGAUAAGGCAACGGUCCUCACUACCCACCGCAGCAGAACCCCCUUCCGCUUCAAAGGAAUGGAGCUGUCAUUCUAUGCGGAUCUGUCCAGGGGCACUCUAGCCUGGCGCAGGUCGCUUAGACCACUAACCACAGUGCUCCAACACCACAAGAUCGCCUACCGCUGGCGAUCCGCCAGAACACUGGUGGUACUACAGGGGACAAACAGACAUACAAUCCAGGACAUACAGGAAGCCCUGGCCAUACUGCAAACCCUGGGUCUGCCUCAAGACUCUAUCUCUACAGAGGCACCAACCAACAACAUCUCACCAUCUCGCACUCACACCUGGAACCCAUGA